AACCGGAUGAAUGAGAGCGAUAAUGACACCGAUUGUGUGCUGCUGGGGAUUGUUUGUAAAGCCUAACUCCAUCUCCCCUUCAGCCUUGCACAGGUGUACCGGCUCCUCCCCUUCAGUCUUGCACAGGUGUACCGGCUCCUCCCCUUCAGUCUUGCACAGGUGUACCGGCUCCUCCCCUUCAGUCUUGCACAGGUGUAGUGGCUCCUCCCCUCCAGUCUUGCACAGGUGUACCGACUCCACCCCUUCAGUCUUGCACAGGUGUACCAGCUCCUCCCCUUCAGUCUUGCACAGGUGUACCGACUCCUCCCCUUCAGUCUUCCACAGGUGUAGCGGCUCCUCCCCUCCAGUCUUGCACAGGUGUACUGGCUCCUCCCCUUCAGUCUUGCACAGGUGUACCGGCUCCUCCCCUUCAGUCUUGCACAGGUGUACCGGCUCCUCCCCUUCAGUCUUGCACAGGUGUACCAGCUCCUCCCCUUCAGUCUUGCACAGGUGUAGCGGCUUCUCCCCUUCAGUCUUGCACAGGUGUAGCAGCUCCUCCCCUUCAGUCUUGCACAGGUGUAGCAGCUCCUCCCCUUCAGUCUUGCACAGGUGUAGCGGCUCCUCCCCUUCAGUCUUGCACAGGUGUAGCGGCUCCUCCCCUUCAGAC